AUGAAGAAUGAAUUUUCACUCCUAUCGGAAAUCAAGGACCUUGCAUGGUCCAGUGACAGUGCUCGUAUUGCUGUUGGUGGUCGAGGCUCUGAAAAGUUUGGCAAAGUUAUUAACGCUGAAUUGGGAACCGAAGUUGGAGAGGUUGUGGGCAUGAGCCGGCCAAUUAAUGCUGUCGAUUUCAAACCAACACGACCAUUUCGACUGGCUACUGGAAGUGAGGACUUUUUGGUUUGCUUUUUCGAAGGCCCUCCAUUUAAGUUUAAGAAGUCUCUCAGCAAACACAAGAACUUUGUAAAUUGCUGCAAAUUCUCCCCAAAGGGUGAUAUUUACGUCACCGGAGGUGCGGAUGGUCGCAUAUACGCGUUCAAUGCCAACGACACUGAAUUUGUUGGAGAAUUUGGUUCUCCUGCUCACUCUUCUGGUAUAUAUGGUCUCGAAUUUUCUUCGUCAGGAAGUCGGCUUGUAUCCGUUUCAACUGAUAAGACGGUAAAACUCUGGGACAGUGGCAGCGGUAAUUUUAAUCUCCUAUCCGAGUUCGCGUUCGAGAACAAGCCAGAAAACCAGCAGCUGGGUUGUGUUUGGGUCGGCGAUAAACUGGUGACCGUAUCACUAAGUGGAGCCAUGCAGGUAUUCAAUGCGGGUCCUGACGUCAAGGAGUUGGCGGCUCCUGCAGAUGUCAUAUAUGGUCAUUCUCGACCUAUCAAGUGUAGUGCGUACUCAAAGUCUGCCAACCGUCUAGUCACCGCCUCCACCGACAUGGUUAUGCUUUCUUGGGACCUUUCAAAGGGAGUUGCAGAACCAUUUAAUGGUCCUGAGGCGCACAAAAGUUCCAUUGAAGCGAUGACCAUCUGUGGCGACAAGGUUAUAUCUGUCGGUGUUGACGAUCGUCUCGUCGUCAGUUCCUUAACAAACCGUUCAUUUGAGUGA